AUGGCAGUGUCAAACCAAAUAGAAAGAGGGGCGCUAAUUGUGUUUGAAGGCUGUGACAGAAGUGGAAAAUCCACUCAGUGUGGAAAACUCGUCGAGAGACUCAAAAAUACAGGAAUCAAGGCCAAACUUUUGAAAUUUCCAGACAGAAGGACAACUAUUGGUAAAAUGAUUAACAGUUAUUUAGGACAAACUUAUGAUUUAGAAGACCAUGCUAUACAUCUCUUAUUUUCUGCCAAUCGCUGGGAGGCUAGGGACACUAUGAUGACUCUACUAAACCAAGGAACAACAUUAAUAGUUGAUAGAUACGCCUACAGUGGAGCUGCCUUUACUGCUGCUAAACAGGGAUUCAGUCUAGAGUGGUGUAAACAAACAGAUAUUGGCCUUCCUCAACCUGAUACAGUUCUAUACCUCACCCUGACAUCUGAGGCAGCAGCCAAACGUGGAGGGUUUGGAGAAGAGAGAUACGAGAAAGAAGUUUUUCAAGAAAAAGUGGCUAAAAACUUUCAAGAUUUAAAAGAUAAACAUUGGCAGGUUAUUGACGCCGACAGAUCAAUAGAAGAUCUUCACGAAGAAAUAUAUCAUCUCACACAGAAAGUUAUAAAUCAGGCUAAAUAUAAACCUAUAGAGAAACUGUGGACAGAGUUAUAG